AUGGAACAACCAAAGGGUUUUGUUGACAAGGAGAAUCCUAAAAUGGUGUGCAAACUGCAAAAGGAAAUCUAUGGUCUCAAACAAGCCCCUCGAGCCUGGUUUCAUAGAUUGUCUUGCUACUUACUUGAUAUAGGCUUCACUGCCUCUCUAGUUGACACUUCUUUAUUUAUUUUUCUCACUGGUAACAUUAAAGUUUUUAUGUUGAUAUAUGUGGAUGAUAUAAUUAUCACAGGGACACAUCCUCAGUUGAUUACUAAGAUUAUUGCACAAAUGCAGCAGGAAUUUCCUGUUAAAGACUUAGGCUCUCUAAGUUUCUUUCUUGGCAUACAGGUUACUCGAAGCUCUACAGGGCUUCAUCUCUGCCAAGCAAAAUAUGUUACUGACAUCCUUCAUAGAACCAAGAUGACAGAAGCAAAGCCUGCAAAGUCCCCAUGCUCAUUUGGUUCUCAGUUGUCCAGCUUGAAUGGAGAGUCCUUGCUUGAUCCUUUUGAGUAUAGAAGUGUAGUAGGCGCUCUUCAAUACUGCACUCUAACUCGACCUGAUAUAGCCUUUUCUGUGAAUCAGCUUUGUCAACAUAUGCAUCAUCCAACUGUUACUCACUGGUCAGCAGUUAAGAGAGUUCUCAGAUACCUCAGGAACACCCUCCAUCAUGGCUUGUUUUACUCUCACACAAACCUUCAACUGAAUGCCUUUUGUGAUUCUGAUUGGGCUGGCUGUCCAGAUGAUAGGAGAUCCACUUCUGGCUUUGCAAUUUUUCUUGGUAAUUGCUUAAUCUCUUGGAGUUCAAAGAAACAACCUGUGGUCUCAAGAUCAAGCACAGAGGCUGAGUAUCGAUCGCUCACAAUUACUACUACUGAGCUAUUUUGGUUACGAAUGUUAUUUCAAGAGAUACAAAUUCCUCUUCCAAAGGCUCCAGUUGUCUGGUGUGACAAUGUAAGUGCGCUAUCCUUGGCUGCCAAUCCAGUUUAUCAUGCUAGAACAAAGCAUAUCAAAGUUGAUUAUCACUACAUCAGAGAAAAAGUCCUCAACCAAGACAUCAAAGUAUCUUCCAUCUCCACAGCCGAUCAAAUUGCAGAUGUUUUUACAAAAGGUUUAUCUUCAGCUCGAUUCCUUUAUCUCAAGACCAAGCUCCAAGUGAUUUCAUCCCCUUUUAGCUUGAGGGGGCAUGUUAAACAUACUGCUGAAGAAGUCCCUAAAGUUUCUGUUACUGCUGAAGUCUUCUAG